CCUGAGGGGGGGCUGUUUGGCCAGCUGGGCUUCUGUUUACAGCCGUGGGACGCGGCUUGUGGCUGGGCGGGCGGGGUGAGAGUUUGGCGGCUCGGAGGGCCGGCGGAGGCGGCUGGCGCUGGAGGAACAGGCUUGAUUCUUUUGGAACCGGCGUGGACGAUGGGAGGGGCAGUGAGCGCGGGAGAAGACAACGACGAGUUGAUCGAUAACCUGAAGGAGGCUCAGUACAUUCGGUCGGAGCUGGUAGAACAGGCCUUCAGGGCAGUCGACCGGGCUGACUAUUACCUGGAGGAAUUCAAGGAGAACGCCUACAAAGAUUUGGCCUGGAAACAUGGGAACAUCCAUCUCUCUGCCCCCUGCAUUUACUCUGAAGUCAUGGAAGCCCUGGACCUGCAGCCUGGACUCUCCUUCUUGAACCUAGGAAGCGGUACCGGUUACCUGAGCUCCAUGGUCGGGCUCAUCUUGGGUCCUUUUGGAAUAAACCAUGGCGUUGAGCUUCAUGCGGAUGUUAUAGAAUAUGCAAAGCAGAAACUGGACUUCUUCAUCAGAACAAGUGACAGCUUUGACAAGUUUGAGUUUUGCGAGCCGUCCUUUGUCUCUGGGAACUGCUUAGAAAUCUCUCCAGAAUGCUCUCAAUACGACCGCGUCUACUGUGGAGCCGGCGUCCAGAAGGAACACGAAGAUUACAUGAAGAACUUGCUGAAAGUUGGGGGGAUUCUUGUCAUGCCCCUGGAGGAGAAGCUGACGAAGAUUACUCGAACAGGCCCUUCCGCCUGGGAGACCAAGAAAAUCUUGGCUGUUUCCUUUGCUCCUCUAAUCCAACCCAACCAUUUAGAUACAGGGAAGUCAAGACUGGUUCAUUUGCCCCCGGUGUCGGUUCGCAGCCUACAGGACCUGGCUCGCAUCGCCAUCCGCGGCACCAUUAAAAAGCUGAUCCAUCAAGAAACAGCCAGCAAAAACGGAAACGGCCUCCGAAACCCCCCGAGGUUUAAACGGCGGCGCAUCCGGCACCGCCGGAUGGAAACCAUCGUCUUCUUGGACAAAGAGGUCUUUGCGAGCCGGAUCUCCAACCCUUUGGAGGAUAAUAAUUGUGAGGAAUUGGAAGAAGAUUGCAGGGAAGAGGUGGAGAAACCUAUGCCGGAACUGAAGCCCGAACCGGCUACAAACACCUUGAGAGAAAAAAUACUCGGCCUGCCUCUCCCCGAUCCUUUGAAAUAUUAUCUGCUUUAUUAUAGAGAGAAAUAGGAGCCUUGGGAAGCCGAUCAUCAGGGAGGGAGGCAGGACAAUAAAACACUCAGCAGGGCUGACAAACACAAGGCCACUUGCUUGCCUUUUCACACAAACCACCCGAGUGUGGUGAGAGCUAAACUGGGGGUACACGGCUGCCAGGAAUUUAAAAAUAAUGGGAUAGCCUCUUUUUUUUCCACCACCCCCAGAUCCUUUCCCUUGAUUUGUGCGCUCUGGUUUUGUCCUAAGCAGGACUUCCUUGGUGGGGAAGAGAGUGCGGCAAGCCGAUCCCGUAUAUCUGACGGAAGUGAGGGGUUUCGUGCCGAUUUAAAAAAAAAAAACCCUGAAAGGAAAAUCACACAUUUGCUGAAAUAUUUGUGAAUAUCUCCACUGUUUGUUUGCUUGUUUGUUUGUUUGUUUGUUCGUUCGUUCCUCUCUCUCUUCCAGGAAGCAGUUUCGGGAAUUAGUUUGACGGGACCCAAAUGCCUCGGGGGAAAAAAAAAACCCAGAAAAUCGUUGCGUUGAAUUGGACCCGCUCAGUCCUGGCACCUACAACAACAACCCACUGGAAAAAUAAAAUAAAUAUAAAUAAAUCUUUUAUCGGCGAGUGGGGCUCGGAGGCUGGCCUCAGCUGAACCCACUAGGGCUGCCUUCCCAUCAGAUGUUUAAGCAGAGCUUUUGCAAGAAGGGGAACGAUUCCCCAGACGACGACGAUCUGGAAAAAAAAAAAAACCCAGAAGAGAUUCUCCUGUAUGAUUAAAAAAAAAGGAGAGAGAGAGAAAAAAGGCCGCUUGCGGCUUAAGCAAGGACGGUCAAAUCACGACUUCUUAACGCUGCAGAAGUCUUGACUUUUUUCAUAGGCUCGCCUGAAGAUUGGCUGGGAUUUAUCAUUCCCCACACGGAUUUCAGGUGAUGAAGAAGGAGACGAAAACAAGAGAAGGAAAACAGUUCCUUCAAACCAACCGAAGGUCUUUUUUCCGAAGGUCUCUUAUCAAUCAAGUAUGUCAUGGAGAGAAAAUCGGGCACCUUGUUUGAAUUCAGGUAGUUAGUUAUCCAAACAGGAAGCCUCUGGAGAAAACAACGAGUGGGUGGGUGGGCUCUUGUGUCUUUAUCCCACCACUCCACCCCACCACCCCAAGGUCUUCUGCUUUAGCAGAAAGGCUAAAAACUCAUGUUAGGCUCCCUUUCCCCCUCUCUUUUUUUUUUUAUAGCGGCUACUUUGAAAACAUGGCACAAGGUUUCUUAAAUGUCCCGUAACACACAAAUCCUUCUUCUGGAAAGUAGAUUGGUUUUGGGGUUGGGAUUUAGAGUGAGCAGAAGCAGGAACUCUCAUUAAAAUUUUAGGGAUUUUUUUUCUCUCCCCCCCCCCCCCUUCCAAUGAAAUAUUGGACAGAAAAACCCAAUAUUUCCCAAGGGGGACCCGAAGAUAGUUUUCAGUUUGCUUUAGAUUUCCUGUGGAACGUUUUAACUUCAUUUAACUUCUCAAUGUUCGCGGUUUGGCUGCUUUUAAGUUAGAAAACAGUGAACCAGAGGUUGAUACUAUUAUUUUGUUUUUAAUUUUAAGCUGAAAUGCAGGCCAAAAAAAAGAAAAACACCACCCCAUUUUUAGCUCUGGCAAAGCAACUCUCCUCGUUCUGAAGUAAAGCGACGAUGUCCUGCGGGCUUACCGGGAGCCGAAUAAACUUGUGCUUUGUGAUUAUUCCCAUCAGGGGAGAGACCCCGGCCCCUUAGUCUAGUAGGCACUGCAUGUGAAAUGUUGCGUUCCAUGUUGUGUCAUCUGAAGCUUUGUGUCAACCAUAGCAAACGAUCAUUUUGUAGAGCUCUGUUCUCGGUAAUGCAGUUAACUGUGCUGAAUUCCUUCGGUAUCUUUCAUUUUGCUCUGAACGAUGCUGUUAAUUGUUCAAUGCUCCGUAUUGCUUUUCUUCGACAGAGUCGGUCUGUUGGGCCUUUUGGGCUGUCCUCAUUUUGGGUGAGCGGCCCAUCAAGUUUGACCUCAUAGGUGUCUUCUUCCCUGUGGUCAGGCUCAAGUUUUAAUUGUCCAGAAAGCAAGUUUUAUCAAAGAACCUAUGAAAUUCUUCUCUGCGACUUGGGUUUAAUCUUCACGUAAGAUUAAAUUUAAAUUUAAUCUUAAUUUAAUGUUCAGUAAACGUUCUUCUUUUGGUGUUAAUAAAUUCUGACCCCAAAGAGGCAUUCUUUUCAUCAACUUUACUUCUUUCCACUUGUUCUUGGGCUGUUUCUUUUUCUUAAGAGCGAACGAUCAGAGUUUUAUGGUGUAAAGCUUUUUCUUCAUCAUCUCCUUUGUUAAAAACAAUCUAAGAAUUCUUUUUUUCUUUUUUCCAGCACUUAGAAAAAACAAAACAAAAAAAACCAAGGAUCUUAUGGAGCCUUUUCUCUUGUUUGGGGUGAAAGAUAGCAAGAUUUGCAAGCCGUUGUGAUUUGUUCAGUUGUCGUUUUAUCAAUAUACGAAGGUAGAAAAAAAUGUGUAUUUGAGUGACAGCAUAACUGUGAAAUAACAUAAGCUUUAACAUUGUAAACAGAAGAGGAAUUGUCAGUGUGGUAUUCCUACACACCAGCAUACACACACACUCACAGGUUAAUCCGGUCAGUGUGUUUUAGCAAACUAACGUGGCCUGUGACAUCUGUUCUUGCAAAAUAUAUAUAUCGCAGUUCCCUCCAAUGUUUAUUGUUUUCCAGUUUCACAUAAGCAUUCUUUUUUUUUUUUUUUUUUUGGUAGCUUUGGAUAGAAUCGCCAUGUUGUACCCUUACAAUAAAAAGGUUUUGCUUUCCUAAGGUAGUUGAAGAUGUAAAUAGCUUAGAGAUUAAGAUUGGGAAAGGAAAGUUAACUUCUGGAGCAUGGAGACCAUUGGAAAGAAAGUGGUUUCAAAAAUACAGAUUUUUAUCAAAAUACCUGUCUGUGUCAAAUAAAAAUGGUUCCACCUUAA